AAAAAAUGUAAAGAAGAAGAACUUUUUCCUCAGUUCUUCUUCCUCGAACGUGUCUGUGGCUCAUUCGGUCAAUUAUCCCCCUUUUCAGGAAACUAAAGUCACACAGCCACCGUGACUGAGAGGAGAAAUGGAGCAGCGGGCAGUUCAGCUGGAUCUAGAAACCUUCUCCUGUUCAAUCUGUCUGAAUCUACUGAAGGAUCCAGUGACUAUUCCCUGUGGACACAGCUACUGCAUGGGCUGCAUUAAAACACACUGGGAUGAAGAGAAUCAGAAAGGAAUCCACAGCUGCCCUCAGUGCAUGAAAACGUUUAUACCAAGGCCUGACCUGGAGAAGAACACCAUGUUAGCAGCUUUAGUGGAGCAGCUGAAGAAGACUGGACUCCAAGCUGCUCCUGCUGAUACCUUCUAUUCUGGACAUGAAGAUGUGUUCUGUGAUUUCUGCACUGGAGGAAAACUGAAAGCCAUCAAGUCCUGUUUAUUCUGUCUGGCCUCUUACUGUGAGAAACACCUUCAGCCCCAUUAUCAUGUGGCUCCACUGAAGAAACACAAGCUGGUGAAACCUUCAAAGAACCUCCAGGAGAACAUCUGCUCUCAACAUGAUGAGGUGAUGAAGAUGUUCUGUCGUACUGAUCAGAAGUGUAUCUGUUAUCUCUGCUCUGUAGAACAACAUAAAGGCCAUGACACAGUGUCAGCUGCAGCGGAAAUGACUGAGAGGCAGAGAGAGCUGGAGGAGAGACGAGGAAGAAUCCAUCAGAGAAUCCAGGACAGAGAGAAAGAUGUGAAGCUGCUUCAACAGGAGGUGGAGGCCAUCAAUCACUCUGCUGAUAAAACAGUGGAGGACAGUGAGAAGAUCUUCACUGAGCUGAUCCGUCUCAUCCAGAAAAGAAGCUCUGAUGUGAAGCAGCAGAUCAGAUCCCAGCAGGAAACUGAAGUGAGUCGAGUCAAAGAGCUUCAGGAGAAGCUGGAGCAGGAGAUCACUGAGCUGAAGAAGAAAGAAGCUGAGCUGAAGCAGCUCUUAAACACAGAGGAUCACAACCAGUUUCUCCACAGCUACCCCUCACUGUCAGCACUCAGUGAGUCUACACACUCAUCCAGCAUCAAUAUCCGUCCUCUGAGACACUUUGAGGAUGUGACAGCAGCUGGGUCAGAGCUCAGAGACAAACUACAGGACAUUCUGAGAGACACAUGGACAAACAUCUCACUGAUAAUCACUGAGGAGGAGGUUCUACUGUCAGAACCAGAACCACAGAAUAGAGUUGGAUUCUUAAAAUAUGCACGUGAAAUCACAUUUGAUCCAAACACAGCACACACAGGGAUGUUACUAUCAGAGGGGAACAGGAAGGUUGCAGUGACUGAUGGACAUCAGUGUUAUUCUAAUCACUCAGAGAGAUUCACUGAUUUGUAUCAGGUUCUCAGUAGACAGAGUCUGACUGGACGCUGUUACUGGGAGAUGAAUGCAAGGUCAGGGUCUAAUGUAUCAGUCACAUACAAGGAUAUCAGCAGAACAGGUAGUGGGAAUGAAAGGAAGUUUGGAUAUAAUGACAAAUCUUGGACAUUAUACUAUAAUGAUUAUAAUUUUAAAUUUGGUCACAACAACAUCUGGACCUCCAUCUCAGGUUCUGUUUCCUCCAGAAUAGGAGUGUACCUGGAUCACUCAGCAGGUGUUCUUUCCUUCUACAACGUCUCUGAAACCAUGACUCUCCUCCAUAGAGUCCAGACCACAUUCACUCAGCCGCUGCAUGUUGGUGUUUAUUCCUAUGGAGAGUUCUGUAAACUCAAAUAGAUUU